AUGAAGUAAUAUGAGGUUCCUUACAUGCGACACCUGACUUUCAGUCUCUUUCGUGGCUGCUUUGACGGCGUGGUUUGUUAGUGUGAUAGACAAAAUAUUAAAAUGGUUCCACAUCAGAUAUUCUUGACGACUCCUCUGGGCCUUGUGUCUUUUUUAGGACACUACUUGUUAACCUAUGGGAACGGUUUUAUCAUAGACCAAGAGCGUCAACCUAACUUCAGGGUUCACAUGACGAGACGUAAAUACUUCGUGGACAAAAGUCACUUCAUUAAAGAUGUAAUGGAGGAUCGUGCACUGAUCACAGCCAUCGCGAGGCCGAGAAAAUUCGGAAAGAGUAUUAAUCUUUCGAUGCUGUAUUAUUUUCUGACGGUGAACGGACGAUAUUCUCAACUGUUCCAAAAUCUUACAAUUGCAAAGGAUCGGCACUUCUGUCGCAUGCACCAGAACAAACACCCGACUAUGAGCGUGAGGUUUGGUUACAAUUAUUGGAUCACGUAUGAGCAAGCCAUCGACGGAAUGAGGCAGGUCAUGCACAAGCUGUUCCUCCGAAACAGAUACGUCAUAAAAAGUGUCAACAUAACGGAGCCCGAAAAACGUAAAUUCGAAGUCAUCUUAAACAAGAACGGCACACACGACGAGACAAUAGAUGCAAUCCGCCUCAUGACAGACCUGAUGUCCCGCUACCAUCACAGCCGCGUCAUCUUGCUCGUAGACGCAUACGACACGUCGAUAAACAGGGCCUUUUUCCACGGCUUCUAUUCGCAAAUGGUUACUCUCAUGCGGUCCGCACUCCAACGUGCCAUGGAGAGAAACCCGUUUCUACUCAAAGCUGUCGUCAUGGGCACCACGUUGGUUUCCUACCACGGCCUCUUCCUGGGCAUCAACUUCGUCGAAAUCCAUUCCGUCUGGAGUCCCAAAUACCAAUAUUGCUUCGGCUUCACCGAGGAAGAGGUGAAAAAGGUCCUCCUCGACCACAACUACAACGAGCGUGCUUUGGAUAACAUGCGGGAGUUUUACGAGGGCUACUACAUUGGCAACAAGAAGAUGUUCAACCCUUACUCGGUAAUGAACUCCCUACACAGAGACGGUCAGACAAUCGCGAUCAAAAAUCUCUGGGUCAAGUCGGCCGACCCGAUGGAUUUCAUCGAUCUGAUGCUACGUCACGGGAUCCUGCCGAUCCUCAACGCGGAGAUACUGCUCAGCGGCCAGGACAUCUAUAAAGUCGUGACCGCGGCCAUCGAGUUGCCGAAAAUCAAGGACGAUGAAAUGACCUUCUGGUCUUACCUCACGCAGACAGGGUACCUUGCCAUCAGCUCGCAGACAAGGAGGAGCACCGGAGAGGCUUUGCGCGUGCCGAAUCGGGAAGUUGCUCUGGCUUUCAGAAACGCCGUCGCAGCUUACUAUAAGCACUUUAACACGACGCCUCAGUAUGAAGAUUUCAGGAGCAGUCUGAGAGACAGGAAUUCAACCGCAAUUAAGGUCUGUUUGGAGGAAUACGUCAACAAAUCGACUCCAUUCUUCCACGGAAGGAAUCUGGCAGACUUUGAGGGGCUGAUGACGGGGAUAUUACGAGGAGUUGAGAGGGACCACGGGGCUGUGACAAAACAUCGCGAAGGGGACCACACCUCGACUCUCACCUUAGGACCUUGUGGUAACUCCACCGAGAAGCUGGUUUUCGUGUUGACCGAGGCAAAGGCUAAAAAAAAGGCAACGGAUGCCAAAGUUGGAGUCAAAAAGAUGUUUCUGAAAUUCUGCCGCAUGUUCCAAGGCAACGAGACGAUCCUCUCUCUAUCCAUGUGCGACGGAUUGUUCGAGCUGAGACUUGAUGUGAAAUAAGAGUUAGAGAGCAAGUAGUGUUACAUCUUUCUAUGAAAGCAUUAGCGCUUAAAUGGUAGCUAAAUUUGCACACAAUGUAUGGAAACAGCGUCGUAGCCAACGUGCAAAAGAGAGACACAGAUAGUGACACGGAAAAAAAGAGCAUGGGGUUGUUGAAUGACAUAGACAUUUCAAAUUAACUGUGGUAGGACCUCAAUAAAUUAGGUUACUAACCCAAAUGUUGCGGUAUUACAACAUUUAAUCGGAAGUGUCCAUAUCAUCCGACAAUUCGGGGUAGUGCCACAAUCUAAGUGGAUAAACUAUAGCACUUUUUCCGUGGAUCUGAAGUAAAAUCCUGCUAUUUCGAAAAUUGACGUAAAAAAGUGAUCUAAGCUGAAGACUAAUUAAAAGUGUAAAGCAUAAUUUGAAUUUGCAUUCGAACUAUCUUUGAUCACAUUAAAUGUGAAUGUGUAGGUUAGAACGAUGGGUAUUUUGCAAUGAUCGGUCGGCUGCCCUUUUUAUCUCUAACUUUACUUGUGAAGGCAUCGGUGAAGGUCUGAUGGCCUUUUGGAAUAUGGAUGGAGAGGAUAAAAUCGUAUUUUUGUGAUCUUACAGAGUUUUCUGUCCUCUCUACACCUGAGUAUUCUCAAUGUGAGAAAAUAAAAGGUAAACAGAUAAGUUAAAGAGAAGUUCCUCUAGAGCAAAGUCUUUCUAUGGAGAGAGCUCAGAGACAAAUAGAGGCACUCCACCAAGACUAAUCCGCACAGUUUAGUCUUUUUUGAUGGUAAGUUUUGUAAUCCUACUUCGCAACAACGGCAGAGAAUGCAGUACAUCCCUUCAUGGAAACAUUUGGGCAUGAUCCGAUUGCGCACUUUUAGACUAAAAGUGCAAUCGGAUCAGCUUGUAUGACUAAAAGUUUUAGUCAUACAAGCUCAAGUUCGGCGAGGCAGUAUGAAUCAAAAAUAUACAUAGUGACUGACCUGCGUAGAUUGGCUAUCCGCUACACUAAACCUCUUCUUGACGAGGGGAAUUUUAAUUUUAGUGAUUUAACGUUUUUAUAUGGACUAUCUAUAAUCCGUUACUUAUACAUAUUAGAUUAAUAAUAAGUGUGAAAAAGA